UUGAUUUCAAGCCCUAUCACCUUUGUCAUCAAUAUGCAUACUCAAGAUUCAUCCAGCCAUCCCACUCUCCAUUCUUCUUCUGAAAUUAAAAAAACAGAAGUCAUUCGACACACAGCCAAUUUUAGCCCUAGCAUUUGGGGAGAUUACUUCCUUGCAUACACUUGUGAUAACAAGGAACCUGAUACUUAUGAUAAACAAGUUGAAGAGCUAAAAGAAGAAGUGAAGAGAUUGCUAACGAAUUCUGCCAAUAGACCGUUGGAAAUAUUGAAUUUGAUUGACACACUCCAACGACUUGGUUUGUCAUAUCACUUUGAGGGAGAGAGAAACCAAAUGCUAGAACAAAUUUUUGAAGCCCACAUUAGCUAUUUCAAUGAUAUGGGUGAUGAUCUCCAUGCAGUUGCUCUUCUUUUUCGAUUGCUUAGACAACAUGGCUACAAUAUACCCUGUGAUGUGUUUAAUAAAUUCAAAGAUGAACGCGGAAAUUUUAAAGAAAUCUUAACUAGAGACAUACGGGGCAUGCUAAGCUUGUAUGAAGCUGCACAUCUUGGGAUACGUGGAGAAGAUAUUCUAGAUGAUGUCCUUUCCUUUACCACAACUCACCUUAACACCUUCGUUUCCAAUGCAAGUUCCUCACUUGUAAAACAAAUGAUGCAUGCCCUAGAGCAGCCCCUCCACAAGGGCACGGUUAAGUUAGAGGCUAGACGUUUCAUCUCUUUCUACGAAGAAGAUGAAACACGAAAAGAAGUGAUAUUAAAGCUUGCAAAGCUAGAUUUCAACCAAGUGCAGUUAUUACAUCGCAAGGAGUUAAGCGAACUCUCAAGGUGGUGGAAGGAUAUGGACUUUAAAACAAAGACACCUUAUGCAAGAGAUAGAGUGGUGGAGUUGUAUCAUAUGUGGAUUGUAGGAAUUUAUCCUGAACCACAAUACUCUGUUGGGAGAAUCAUCCUAGCCAAAGUUAUAGGAUUGGUUUCAAUUAUAGAUGAUACUUAUGACGCUUAUGGUCAUUUUAAUGAACUGAAACUCUUUACAGAUGCAGUUGAAAGGUGGGAUGCUAGUGAAACAGGUAAGCUACCAGAAUACAUGAAAGUGAUAUAUCUUGCACUCUUAGAUGUUUACAAUGAAAUUGAACAAAACAUGAAAAAGGAAGGAAGAUCUUAUUGUGUCUCUUAUCCAAAAGAAGUAAUGAAAACUUUGGUUCGAGCCUACUUCUCUGAAGCCAAAUGGUUAUCUCAAGGGUGCAUUCCUACAGUUGAGGAAUACUUGGACAUUUCUACCAUCAGCUGUGGUUACCCUAUGUUAACACUUACAUCUUUCGUCUUCAUGGGAGAAGUCGCAACAAAGGAAGCCUUUGAUUUCGUAUCAAGCACACCUAAGAUUGUUAAGAAUUCAUCUUUAAUAUGCCGUCUGAUGGAUGAUAUCAUGUCUAAUGAGUUUGAGCAAAAGAGAGAGCAUGUGUGUUCUGCUAUUGAAUGCUAUAUGAAGCAGUAUGGUACCUCGAGGCAAGAAGCAAUUGAUGAGUUACGUAAAGUUGCCACAAAUGCAUGGAAGGAAAUGAAUGAGGAAUUGCUCCAACCUGCCUUACCACUGCCUCUCCUAUUACGACCUAUAAACCUUGCCCGAGUGAUGGAUACUUACUACAAGCAUGGAAGCAGCUACACCCAUCCAGGGAAACAGAUGAAAGAUGACAUUGUAUCUUUGUUCAUCUCUCCAAUUCCAAUUUGAGCUCAUGUUUGGCAUGGGUUAGUUAAAUUAUGAGUAGCAACACUUUCUUUCUACAAUAUGAUGGGAAAAAUAAUGUUGUAUAAGAAUAAGUUUGAAAUAAAUCGAUAGAAUAAUUGAUCUGGGUUUUAAGGUUGGUUAUUUGGACUAGCUAUUUUCUGAUUCCAAGCUAAGACAGUGUAUGUGCUUAGCGUCCAAUAUUAUUGAAUAAAAUUAUUUUAUGUAUGUGUCAUUGGGUGUAUUUCUAAGUUUUAGCCUAUA